AAAAUAUCGUAGAGAGCGGAUCAGGAAUUUUCUUUUCCAGGGAGAGUUCACGCACGAAAAUCACGUGGAGUUGUCAUACCACUACACGACUAACAGAUAGCAGGAAACGUCCGAGUCAGGCAAUCACAAACUCAAAAGAAAUACUGUCCAAUCGAUAAUGUCGGACCAAGGAUGGUCUCAGACCAAUAAAACUGUCGUCAAAGAGAUUACAAAUAUCUCGCCAAAUACUUCCCAUUCAACAAUGUCGGACCAAGGACGGUCUCAGACAAAUAAAGUUGUAGUCAAAGAGAUUACAACUAUCUCGCCAGAUACUUCCCAUUCAACAAUGUCGGACCAAGGACGGUCUCAGACAAAUAAAGUUGUAGUCAAAGAGAUUACAACUAUCUCGCCAGAUACUUCCCAUUCAACAAUGUCGGACCAAGGACGGUCUCAGACGAACAGAAUUGUCGUCAAAGAGAUUACAACUAUCUCACGAAAUACUCCCCAUUCAACAAUGUCGGACCAAGGACAGUUUCAAACAAACAAAAUUAUCGUCAAGAGGUCUCCGAGUGACAUGCACAACUGUGAUGAGGAACAAGGAUGUUACUUUGAUGAUGCUGAAAAUUCAAGAGAUCUUGCAAAUUUAAGUAUUAUCCAUAAAGAAACCAAGUUUGAUCAGAAAAUUAUCAGAUCUUUCACACUUCCUGAAAAUUUCACACCAGAGAUUGAGCAAGUCUCUGUUGAACUGGAUGAAUCCGUAGACCCACCAUCUCAGUCUUCCAGGGACGCUGGUAGAGACAUAUUUUCUGAUGAAUGUUUAGAGAAGCACAAUUAUUAUAGGUCUAAACAUGGUGUCCCUUCACUGACAUUGUCACCUCAGCUGUGCUCCAUUGCUCAGGAAUGGGCUAAUCAUCUUGCCGAAACUGAUAAUUUUCGACACCGACCCGAGCAAAAAUAUGGAGAAAACAUUUACAUGUGCUGUUCUUCUAAUCCUAAAAUCCAGAUCUCUGGUGAAGCUCCAGUUGACGAAUGGUAUAGCGAGAUUGAUAAAUAUCCAUUCGGUGAAGAACCAAGUUUCUUUAACUCAGGUCAUUUCACGCAAGUCGUGUGGCGUUCUAGCACCGAAAUGGGCGUAGGUAAGGCUUGUGGUAAAGCCAACAAGAUCAUUGUUGUUGCAAACUAUAACCCUGCUGGAAACAUUAUUGGUAGUUUUACUGCAAAUGUUCCUCCACCAAAAUAAAACAAGCCUUUAACAUUUUGAACGAAUAUGCUUAGUUACUAAUUUAAAAUAUAAUCUAAUUUAACUGGUUACAGAAAACUAAUUCCAUGUAAUAUAUAUACAGUGUAUAUAUAUAUAUAAAACAUUUAACGUAAGAAAUUAAAUACAUUCCAAUCGACCGAUUAAAUUCUUGACAUGUGUGCUACGGUUUCUAGUCAUUUACCGUUUAAAU